UCGACGGUUAGGCAAGUUUGGUUCCACAAUUGGCUUCCAUUUUGGUAUAAAUUUACAGUUUGGUGGAUCGGAUCAAUCCUCUGACGCGCUUCUUCUCCUUCGCGAUAAAACCUAAGAAAGAUUCCCCUUUCCUUCAAUCCAGCAUCCGCCAUGGAUCUUGAGGCUGACAUCCGGGCAUUACAGCUUGAUUCGGCAGAAGAAAACAACGGAGUUGUCGUUUCUGAAGAUCAUCACCCAGAUGGAGUUGAGAAAUUGGAUAAAGCAGAAGAAGACCUGAAAGAUAAUUUGCAAGAAUCAGCUCCAGUACCUGUUGAGCAACAAGCUACUGAGGAUCAUGAUCAGGAAAUGCUCCUUCCAGUGCAUAACCCAGCGAAAGCUAAAGAGAAGGCAGCCCAAGAGAAGGCUGCGAAAGAGGAAGCGGAAGAAGAGGCAGAAGCAAACAAAAAGCGACACUUGAAUUGUGUCUUUAUUGGUCAUGUUGAUGCAGGAAAGUCUACAAUUGGGGGACAGAUUCUCUUCCUCAGCGGUCAGGUGGACGACCGACAAAUCCAGAAGUAUGAGAAGGAAGCAAAAGACAAAAGUAGAGAAAGUUGGUAUAUGGCAUAUAUAAUGGAUACAAAUGAAGAAGAGAGGGCCAAGGGUAAAACAGUUGAAGUUGGAAGGGCUCAUUUUGAAACUGAAAGCACAAGGUUUACCAUUUUGGAUGCUCCGGGUCACAAGAGUUAUGUACCCAAUAUGAUUAGUGGAGCAUCUCAGGCAGACAUUGGUGUGCUGGUGAUUUCCGCCCGUAAAGGUGAAUUUGAAACAGGAUAUGAGAGGGGUGGGCAGACACGUGAACAUGUUCAACUCGCAAAAACACUGGGCGUGUCGAAGCUGGUUGUUGUGGUGAACAAAAUGGAUGAUCCAACUGUGAACUGGUCGAAAGAGAGGUACGAUGAAAUAGAACAAAAAAUGGUACCAUUUCUUAAAUCCUCUGGCUACAACACAAAGAAAGAUGUUCUCUUCUUACCUAUAUCUGGUCUAAUGGGGGUUAAUAUGGAUAAGAGGAUGGAUCGUAAGGUUUGUCCAUGGUACAGUGGCCCUAGCUUUUUUGAAGUACUUGAUUCUAUUGAAGUUCCACCACGAGAUCCUAAUGGUCCAUUCAGGAUGCCUAUUAUAGAUAAAUUUAAAGACAUGGGAACUGUGGUUAUGGGAAAAGUAGAAUCUGGCAGCAUUAAGGAGGGUGAUUCCUUGAUGAUUAUGCCAAACAAGGAACCCGUGAAAGUUGUUGCUAUAUAUUGCGACGAAGAUAAAGUCAAGCGUGCUGGACCGGGUGAGAAUUUGAGAGUCCGCAUAACUGGCAUUGAAGAUGAGGAUAUCCUUCCAGGUUUUGUUUUAUCCAGCACGGUAAAACCUGUACCUGCUGUUACUGAAUUUGUUGCACAACUGCAAAUCCUUGAGCUGCUUGACAAUGCUAUUUUCACAGCUGGGUACAAGGCUAUUCUGCACAUUCAUGCAGUUGUUGAGGAAUGCGAGAUCAUCGAAUUGAUAAGCCAAAUUGAUAUGAAGACGAGGAAGCCCAUGAAAAAGAAAGUUCUGUUUGUGAAGAACGGUGCUGCUGUGGUUUGCCGUAUACAGGUUACCAAUUCAAUCUGUGUUGAAAAAUUCUCAGAUUUCCCUCAACUAGGAAGAUUCACUCUACGAACGGAAGGGAAAACAGUAGCUGUCGGGAAGGUGACUGCGCUCUAAGGUGCUUCCUCAAGCGCUUGAUCCCAAUUUUGCGUGGAAAAAGGAAAUGGACAUUGAGUUCCCUAAACUCAAAUCGUAGUUCCAGUUGGGGUUUUGAGAUUUACUGCUGCAGAUGUGUAACCUGAGACUGUUUUUUUUGGAAAUUUAAAAGCUAGAAAGAGUAUUAUGUUAAACAUGAGUGUGACUUUUUUCUCUCUGUUAAGCUAAAUUUACAAUUACUACUACUAUUACCUUCUUAUCUGGAGUCUGCUUUAAGGCUUUUUGGAGUUCAAAAUUUUUAGUCAA